CAAGGAGGUAACAUCUCCCAGAGUCAAGGCCCACCGGUCGACAGCGUCAUCCUCAGAGAAGGACAAGCAGACGGAGGAUGGAAAGGGUGAUGGACAGAAAGGAAACAAGAAAAAUCGUGGUAAAGCAGACAAGAAACAAAAGUGGAUCCCCCUUCCGCUGGACCCAGAGCCUCGAAACAAGGGAGGCCGAGACCGGGAUCGAGACCGGGGACGCAACGCCUCAGGAGGCGGGAGAGUGAGGGAUAGCCGGCCGGCGCGAGACAGCGAACGUGAGAUGAACUGGCGUGAUGUGCCACGCAGCACCGGUUCUGAGCCAGCUAAGAGGCCGGAGCGUCCUCGUGGAGAUGGUAGGAACAGCAGAGAAACGUUGACAAAGGCCGCUGGCUUUGCACCUCCCAAGGACGAGAGGAGUCGCAGCCCGAGUGCAUCCAGCGCCGACAGCCGGAGUUGGCAGAACCAGCGCAGCUACCGGGGCAGAGGCAGGGGUAGAGGUAGGGGCGGAAGAGGAGGACGAGGGCGUGGUGGGUACUCCGGUGGCUACUGGCAGGGCAACAACGUGGAUGUCCCAGUAACAAAUAACAAUGAACAAACAUCUCCAGAUUCUGAAUUAUUCCAAGAAUUUGUGCCACAGUACUAUGACCUGGGCAGCGCUGAAGCCGCAGGAGCUGACACCGGCACCGGCAAUGGAGUCCCCGCGGGCACCGGCACUCCUGGUGCGGGAGGGGACGCAGACUUUGAAACUCCACAGUUUGUGACACCUCAGUACAACAAUCCUGUAUUCUACGAUGGCUCCACACCGGUGUUUACCCCUAGCGCCGCCUCGACAUCUCCAUCAUUCUCCCUGGAUGAAGGCACUCUCAAAGACUAUGUCAAAAAGCAAAUUGAAUACUACUUCAGCGUAGAUAAUCUUGUGAAGGAUUUAUUCCUGAGGAAAAAGAUGGAUACCGAGGGCUACCUCCCUCUCAGUCUCAUCGCCAGUUUCCAUCGAGUCAAGGCUCUGACUAGUGAUGUUGGCGUCAUCACCACGGCCCUGAAUGACAGCACCGAGGUGGAGCUAUCAUCGGACAAGUCAAAGGUACGCUGCAAGCUCACCCCUACACAGUGGGUCAUCAACGACCCUGGCACACCCACCAAGAUUGAGCUCUCCUACGACAGCCCCGAAUUCAUCCCUGGCAAACCUUACCCUUACACCUCAUACAAUAACGACACAGAAUCUGCACCCGUGUCCCCUACACCUGUGGAGAACAUUCAGUCCAGUGAGAGGAGCUCCGAGAGGGAGGCCACCGGUCAAGGGAUGUCCAGCAUGAGGGUACCCAUGACUCCAGGACUGUCCACCAGCCUACCAGAGAAAGAACCAGGAAACUGGACAGAGGUGAAGAGAAGGCAUAAAGCCCCAACUCCAAAGGAUAAGAAGGUCGCAUCAUCGCCUCAAACAGAAUCUCAGCAGGAACGUUUUGAAGGAGCCGCGGAGGAGCUAGACUUCCAGUUUGAUGAGGAGCUCACUGAGAUCACUGGCAGGAAAAACACUUUCUCGGAAUGGUCUGAUGACGAUGACGAGGACUACGAGAUCUCCGACAAUGACCUCAACAAGAUCAUCAUCGUGACCCAGACUCCUCCCUGUCUGAAGAAGCAUCCUGGAGGGGACAGGACUGGGUACCACGUCUCCCGCUCCAAGAUGACCGCUAACCUGGCCAAGGUCAUCAACGAUGGACUCUACUACUAUGAGAUGGAUCUAUGGGAUGACGACGAAGAAAUGCUCAAGUAUGACUUGGCACUGAUGGCAGCGGCCGGUGCCCCCCAUACGGCUUUCAGCAAAAUCCAGACCAUCACCAAUGAAGAGUUCUCCUGCCUGACACCAGAGAAGCCCCACACCAGGCAGGUGAUACCCCCUGCCCCGCCCCCAGAGGGCAUCCCGGAGGAAGGUACCUCUGCCCAAGACGGAGAGGAAGGGGGCAUCCCCAUCCAGAAGAGCGCAGUGCGUUCAGUGAAGGCCGAUUCAUCGAUGGUAGCGAGGUCACUACCCACAGCGGUCCCAGAAGGCCCCCACCUGCGUGAGGCCAUGAGGACACCACGCACCCCUAGGGGUAAGGCUCAGAUGUCACCUAGGUUCUACCCGGUCAUGAAGGAGACCAAACCCAUCGAUAACAAGACUCCAAGGAAACGCAAGACCAAGCACAGUGAGGACCCACCUAUAGAGAGCCACGUUGGUUGGGUGCUGGAUUCAAGAGAACAUAUAGCUAGGUCAAGACAUACAUCCACCAGUUCACCAUCUGAGGGUGCACCAAUCAGCACCAGCUACGGUACUCCACAGAGCUUCCCUAAGUUUGAGCAUCCUUCCCACGAGCUUCUCAAGGAUAACAACUUUACUCAGCAUGCCUACCACAAGUUCCAUCAAAAGUGUCUCAAAGACCGCAAGAAGCUUGGCGUUGGCAAGUCGCAGGAGAUGAACACCCUCUUCCGUUUCUGGUCCUUCUUCCUCCGUACCAACUUCAACAAGAAGAUGUACGACGAGUUCAAGAACCUUGCCGUGGAGGACGCCAAGCAGGGCUACCGCUACGGCCUGGAGUGCCUCUUCAGGUACUUCAGCUACGGUCUGGAGGUCAAGUUUAGACCAGACAUCUACCAGGACUUCCAGCUGGAGACGUUAAGGGACUUUGAGUCAGGACAACUGUACGGCCUGGAGAAGUUCUGGGCCUAUCUGAAGUACUCCCGAUUGAGAGAACUGACCACCUUGCCCGAGUUGGAUGAAGCACUCAAGAAGUACAGGGGACUAGAGGACUUCCGAGUGGAGCCCUCUAUCAGUGAGAACAAGAAGUCUGGUGGGCCGUCUGGGGACGCCAAGAAGUCCAGACCAAGCCGCAGCAGGCAACAAUCCACAUCGGAUCAACAACAGAGCACUCUGGAGGCCCAGGGUGCCGUCGGGGGUUCAGGUGCUGUCGGGGGAUCGGAGGAAUGAAUAAUAUCACGCAAUUCAUUCGCUUCAUUUGGUACUAGCACACUGUCACACCGCAGUGGUACCCGCCAUGGAAUCAAUCGUCUGGACAGCAAUGUAGCCAUUGAGGGAUUUGGUGUCGGUAUUGCCGUUGGUGAUUUAAUAAGCCAGUGAGCAUGCAGUGUUCCAAAUCAUCAAAACUGAUCUUGUUAGCAAUAUCUAUGGUAUGUUUGUGAACAGGAACAGAUACUAAGUGGAGUCAUCUAGUUGGCAUGAAGUUUGAGCUUCACGGUUCAAUACCAGGACUGGUUACAUACUUGCCGUCUUCAACUCUGGACUUCUCAUGAAGACAAGUUAUUUCUAAGUGGUAAGAACUCCAUUGUGAUACAAAGUGAAAAGUGGAUAUUCUGGGGUCAAUCAGAGAAAUUCAGUUUCUACGCCACCGAAUAUGAAGACAAUUUGGCGCUGAUGGGUCCUUGCAUGUUUGCUGGCCAGAGAGUCUUAUGCUGCCAUGAAAUUAAUACAUGGCUACACCGAGUAGUAAGGCAUCACCAUGAAGCAGAAGGCUACCAUCAUCAUAGCUUGAAGGCAACCGAUGUUCUCCUCACCUCGAUUUCAGAAGUUGCCUGAAUCGCUCAUAGUCAUUCACUUCAGUUUGUGUAGACAUCACCAAUAAUGUAUCUUAGUGGGCAUAGUGUGGUUAUGUGCUAAAAAGAAGACUCCCCAUGCAUAGCAAUACAGCACAGAUCUUACCCACGAUGAAACCUGGGUAGAGUCUGACGAAACCGUUGAAAGUACAAGUUUCCCGAUAUCCCAUUUAAAUGUGUGUUUUAAUAGUGUUUCAAUGGGAUAUCGGUGUAUUUAUGAUGGAUUCGUGAACAAUGCCCUGAUUCUCUGCAUUAGCCCUUCUGCUCAUUAGCUUGCGACUAGCUUGUAGCGUCCAUGUUUCUGUCUCUGUGUGUAGCUAUCACAGAGACGUAGAGAGAUUAGUUAGACAUGCCAAUCGGAUAGAUAUUUCCCUGUGAGUUCUUUGACCCUCCUUACAUAGCUGUGUAGGUAGCUUAGAUCCUAUCUGAUUAUUACAAGCAAAACCAUUAUGAUGGAAUGAGUACCCUGCUCAUUCUAAUGAAUCCUUGGAACGCUUGAAAAUGAACUUUUGCCAAAGGUAGAUCAUACCCUUAUAGUGCCCCAUAUUGGAGUCAAAGUAUAUCAUGUACUCGCUUCAGAAACUUUUCUGAUUUGACAAGGAAAAAAAUGGUAAGAUGUUAUAUUUGAAGUUGUAUUAUAAAUCUAGUUUUCCAACAGCAAUAAAUGUUUGUGUUCGGUGGUUUUUCAGAUAAAUCUCUGAUCUAUCCGCGUGAGUUUGAUUUCGUACCAGGGUUUAAGAAAAAUGGAUUCAAGGCUCAGUAAUUCUCAUAGGACAUGGCCACUUCAGGCUUGUUCGUAUAUGCUCCGCUGAACCGUGGUGGUUUACCCCGGCAGUUUUUUGUGUUACACUUGAAUUUUAGGUGGGGAUGAAAAAAGGAACUGUAACACUGGUCCUGCGUGUACUCACUUUAAAGUGUUAUGAGAUACAAAAAUGUGAAGAAUAAAACCCCUGCGGUAAACUGCCACAGUGCACAGUGGUAAAUGUGAAUAACCAUUAUUAAAGCAGACUCCAGAAAUUCACUCAAUUCCCUUUCUUUAGUGAUUUGAUCAAAUUCUCAGGUUGACUUAGCCUAGAUUAUGUUAGAUGGUAACUCCAAACCCCCCUCACUAGUUUAGUGACAACCUACCAGAAGAGAACAAAAAAGUACUUACAAAGCAUAAAUAUAAGUAAAUAUAUUCGUUUCGUCCUGGGCAUCGUCCUGUCAAUAUAUAUUAUGUACUUGGACCCUUAUUAUGCUGCAAUUCUUGUUAAGUUUACAUUAGUUUUGCUUGUUUAUAUCUACUCGGCAGUUAUGUAAUUCAUUGUUAUAGUGCAUGGCUGCAGUCCAAAUUAUACUAAGAUGGGAAAUGGCUCGUUAAGCCACAGGAAUUCUGUAGCAGACUUUAGUUAAAGAGAAUUUUUUUUUUGUUUUUUUGUUUUGUUAAUGAAACUACUGAGAAGGUAUGUAAGUAAAAGAUUUUUUCCAGCACAGAAUGUGUUGCUGUCAGAUGUUAUUUUCCUGUUAUUAAGCAAUUCUAGGAAUACAAUGAGAACUUAAAAUUAUUAAAAUGGGAUGAAAUCCGAAAGCAGUAAUUUUGAUAUAUAUUUAAAAGCUAUAUGUCAGCAAUAAGAAUUUUUGUUGUUGAAAAGAGCUACCAAGAGAUGCUGUGAUUAGUCCUCCAGAACAUUCAUCAAGGUCAUUAAUAAUAUGAUUUCAGAAAUUUAAAUAUUAUUUCUCUAAGGCAAUAAUAAUCAUACUGUUUCUCAUUUUCUAAAUUUGUUUAUGAGCCCUUUCAUGAUACUGAUAGCAGUAUAUAAGAUUUUAUCUCAUGCUUAAAAUAUAUCAUGUUUGGAAGGAAAAAACAGGAGUAAAAUGAAGAAAAAAAAGUCCCUCUCUUUUAUACCGCCAAUAAAGGUGGUGUCGGAGGCAUCAUUUUAUUUACCCUUUCUCUUAUUUUAGGUCUUGGUUAGAUUGAAGACUUCUUUCGGUGUGAAUGUAAAUACUUAGGAAUUUAUACGCAUAUAAAAAGAGAUAUUAUAAUAGGACAAUUUUAGUUAAAAUGCCACCAAGAUGUACUUGUUUAUGUCCACUGUGUGGAAUUAGAUUAGCCAUCACAUAACCGUCUUGAAAAGUUCUAUCAAGUUAUAAACAUUCCCUUGAUCAAUUUUAUUACAAUAUUUUUUGUAGUUUCUAGCUUUACAAACUAUUUGAGUUCUCAUAUAAAACACUCAUUUCAUUUUCAUGGUAUUUGCAAUUUUUAUGGCAGUUUCUUGCUCAAGCUUUUAUUAGUUAGUGGUGUGUAUUCAUGAGGCAUAUCUUAUGUGUUGACACGGAAAGUACUUGGUUUGAGGGUCCUUUUUUUUUGCAAAAUGUGCAAGAUGAAUAGAUCAUAAAUAUCAAGCAAUUACAUUUUUUUUAAGGUAUUGAUUAGAUUCAUAGAUUUAUGAAUAAUUAUAAAUUUUAAUUGGGUUUGGGAGCUAGAUUCUAUGUUUUAUUUGAGGACAGCAUACAAUAAUGUCUAAAAUAUAUGUUUUUCUUAAUGAAACUGCAAGAAAGCAUAUUUAUUUUUAUUUUUAAAUUACAAGCUAUAUUCACCUUCACAAAGUAUUAUGCCAUAUAGAGUUUGUUAUGGUCAGGAAUAUAGAAUGCUAUGUAUUUUAUGUUUAUAAUAUCAAUAAAAAUGCUGGCUCCAGGAGUUUGUUUUCUUCUUUUUUUCCUUCAAGGUAAACAAGGGAAGAUAAAAUGUUGAAAUAACUUUUUUUUUAAUGAAAACAGUGAUAACCGUUAAAAGCAGAUGUGCUUUUCAAAAAUUGUUUUAAAACGUGUUUUUUAUUGGCAAGGCUUCUGAGAAGAAUCAUAUGGGGAAAAAAAAAAUGUAAAGGGAGGUUUGUUUGGAUUUUUUUUCUUAUAACAUUUAUCCAUAUGUGUUCCUGCUUAUACUAAAGAUUGUUAAAUAAAUACGAUCGAAAUUUCUAUUGGGGACGUUAAAAAUGAAGUUGAUACUAGUGCAACAAGCCCUUUGUUUUAUUUUGUUCCUGUUAAAUAAGGGUGCAAAUAUAAAGGAAUAGACUUUUUUUGAAAGCAGGACAGUUUGUCCAUUUAGUUAUAGUGUUUUAAAUGAUGCAAGAUCUUUAAUGGUUUGAGGGGAAUGAAAAGAAGGGAAAAAAAGAAGAAAAGAAGGGAAAAAAAAGAGAAAAAGAUGAUUUGAAAUGUAAUGUGCAUAGUGUAUAUACUGCAGAAUGACUAAAUUAUGUAAUUAUUCUUUUAGAAAAGUAUGUUGAUGUUUGAAUUCCUGCAUUGGCUUGUUAGUAUACAUGUAGUUGCGAAAUAUUUGACAGUAUUUUAUCCAAAUAGGGAGAGAGAAAAAAAAUAUGAAAAAAAAAACACAAUGGAGUGAUGUAUGAACAUUUGCCUUGCAUGAUUAUAUAUUGAAUUCUUACAGAAGUAUUUUGAACUUUUUACAUCUUCCUAUAACAAGACUUGUAUUUUUUCUGUAAAUAAUGCUUUUUCUGGUGGUGAUUUUACUGUGAUUUCUUUUGAUGAUAUUACAAUAUCUUUUUGACUUGAGUAUUACUAUUAUAGUAUAGUUGUGGGUUUUUUUCUCAUCCGUUGAACAUUUUAAAUUCUUUAUCAUGUAUGGGGAAUAUAUUUUUCAAGAAAAAAUUUAUCACAUGUUGUUUGUUCAAAGAAUUUAAUUGCAUUAAAAAUAAAAGUGAGUUGUCUUUUAUGCACUAUUGAAAAGCAUGUGUAGUUAAAACAAUAGAAAAAAAAGAACAAAAAUGAAUUUGCAAGCAAAAAAAAAAUAAGUUUGUAGGACUAUAAAUAAAAAAGAGACUAGACAUUGAUAUACGUAUGAUAUAAUUAUGAGUAAUGUGAUAUUGAUAUAAAUUAAUUCCUUGUUUCUAUUUCUACUGUAGAUCAUGAUCUGUCUGUUAAUUUACCAUUUACUUGGAUACCUUGUUUGGACUUUGUGUAUGGUUUAAUUUUCUGUCACAUGUUCUCCUUCCGCUUUCAUGCAUAUUCAUAUUUUAUACUGUGCAAUGGUGAAAUUGGAUAUUACACUGGUACAUUGUAUCUGUGGCAGCUUAUACACACAUAUAUGUUACCCGAGUGUAAGGUUGUCAAGGCAAGAAACUUGAUGACAACUAUGAUAAGGCAUGUUACAUGGUAUUCGCGACUUAUUCAGUAGUAUUUGAUUUUCAUGGACUAAUCACUUCAGCGUAUUAGAUGUAUAAUCUCCAGUUUGGAACAAAUUUUCUCUUGUUAGAUGCAAACAUCUGAAGGACUGAUGUUCUUAUGCAAUUGUUGAUUUGAUUGAUGCAAUCACAUUUCAUACACUCCACCAAAAAAAAAAAUUGAUUUCUCUGGAACAUUUUAUUCAGAUUUUUUAACAUAUUGCCUAUCAUUAUUGAGAUGUGGGAUUUUAAUUCAAGGAUAAUUUGAAGGGAAAAAAAAUUCUUUUAAAAGAACAUUCAUUUAUAUCAAACUUUACUAACUAUAUUUAAAAAAAGAAGAGUUUCAUUUUAAUUUGUAUAUUCAUUGUUUUAGGUGCCAUCUUCAUGUUUUUGAUUUUUAAUUUUUAUUUUCAGUUUUUGCUAUCUGUGUGAAUGCGUGAUUUUGUCACUCGCUGCUACAUGUAAGUCUUGAGAUCUGAAUGAUCUGGACAAAAUUUCUGCUCCGGACAUCGCACCAAGCACAUUGCAUCUAUUAAAGACUUCUCAACAUGCAAUGCUCACAUCAUUGUGAAUAUUGCUGUAAAAAGAAAGUUAUUUUAGAAUGUUUUUUUCCUAGUAGUGGCUUUGAGUGCAGCUAGCCAAUGGAAGUUUCCAGUUGAACUUGUUUUAAGGGGAUUGAUAUUCUGGUUGGCUUAUAUUCCAAUAAAAAUUUAAAAAAAUGUUUUCUGUUUGUGCCUUUCUCAUAGAUUUUACAAAUUACAUCUUAAACCAGGGUCAUGGUGAAGUGUUUCUAAGAGAUGAAGCUCCUGAUGUUUCUUUUUCCACCAUCCAUUUUCAUCCUUGUGUACUACUCAUCAAAAUGUUAUCUUGUAUCUGUAAUUUGCCAUUCUCCCAGAUUUUAAUUCUUUUGUUUAUAUCGGUUGCUAAAACUUCCUAAAUUCAUGUAGGUAGUUAUUUUCGUAUAUGAGUGCACUUUUUUUCUGUUUGCUGUUGUAUUUGAAUGCAAAUUCACUUUUAGUACUUGCUUCCACCCCAUUUCUUCAUACAUUUAUCUUGAGAAAAAAAAAAAUAUAUACUUGACAAAAAAAAAGUUCUAAAACCUUUUUAAGCACUAUUUUAUCUUGUUAUGAUGUAUAUGGUGGGAAAUACAUGUAUACGUAAAGUUUACAAUUAUAUGGGAUUGAUUAAGAGGAUUUCUUGGCUAAUUCAAAUAGACGGAAUUCAUUUACUUACUCGAAGAUGGUAAUUCAUAUCAAUGUUUCAUUGUAGCCUUUUAUUUACCAUAUUUAGUUUGAUGGUAAACAAAAUGAAUAUAUGUAAAUAUAAUAAAAAUUA